AUGAACUCCCUCAAUCUCAUCUCCUCCCGAGUCAUCGGACAGUCUCCGUCCUCUUCUCGUCCUCGGUCCCGGUCACAAGGUGACCUUCUGAAGAAGGAGUCCGGCGAUGAGGAGUUUAGGGGAAGAUCAUACAGCGCGGAGCUUACGGCGGAGUUGAAGAAUGAGCCCGACGAUGUUUUCUCAGACAAGCUCCCCGCCGACACAACUGCCGAGGACGGCGAACCUGCCAUAAAGUCUGAGGAUGAGAAGCAGCCUUUGCUGUACACGGGCGACAAGGAAGAAGAUGCCUCAAUUUCAGAAGGCUGGCGCUUUCUCUUCAAGAAGCUGACAGACGCCAUCACCACCAUUUUGGCUGCCAUCGGCGCCCCCGUGGUCUAUCUCGCGAAGUGCUUCAGGGAUGAGGAGGGGAAGUUCACCAUGGUCCCAGGAUGGCCGCGGAGGGAAAGGGCGCUCAAUGCCAGCGCUGCACGUGCGAUGGGGCUCUCCAAUGCAGCACAAGACGGCAGUUGGCCAAACGAGAAGCCCACGCACCGCGCUCUUCACGAGACGAGGCUGCGCCACUCCUAUUCCAGCGACUCAUUAGAUCCUACAACGUCAGAUUCGGACGCAGAACAUCGCAAGGCGGAGCGCGCUCAGCUACGGUCGAAGCCGAAGCGCGAGAAGGCCGUGCGGGAGGACUCGGAAACCCGACGAUCCUCCAUCAGGAUCAAAGAGCAAAAUGAUGUUGCUCUCAAAAGACGAAAACAGAAGAAAGCUGCCAGUCCCUUGGCUGAUUCCACUCCGUUGACCGUCGACAACAUCAAGUCCCCGCGAUCGCCGUCCCCGUCCCUCAAGAUCACUCGAUAUCCUCAUGCGCCGCAACCCCCCCGGCCCCUCGUCCCUCGACGUCAACCCUCUUAUGCCAACCUCAUUCCCCGGUCUCCAACCCGCCAUGGCCCGCCCCUCCAGCAAAAAACGCUGAUCCUCGACCUUGACGAGACGUUGAUCCAUUCUCUGGCCAAAGGGGGGCGGAUGUCGUCGGGCCAUAUGGUUGAGGUCAAGUUGAAUGCCCCUGUGGCUUUGGCGCCCCCUCAACCUGGCCAAGCGACCCCGGUGAUUGGGCCCCAACAUCCUAUUCUAUACUAUGUGCACAAGCGACCUCACUGUGACGAGUUUCUGCGGAAAGUCGCCAAGUGGUAUAAGCUGGUGGUGUUUACAGCAUCGGUGCAAGAAUACGCCGAUCCGGUGAUUGACUGGCUGGAGCAGGAGCGGAAGUACUUUGUGGGCAGAUACUACCGGCAACAUUGCACAUUCCGCAAUGGGGCGUAUAUUAAAGAUCUCAGCAGCAUUGAGCCCGACUUGAGCAAGGUCAUCAUUCUGGACAACAGUCCCGUCAGUUACAUUUUCCACGAAGACAAUGCGAUUCCGAUCGAAGGAUGGAUCAAUGAUCCGACCGACAACGAUUUGCUUCAUUUGAUACCCAUGUUAGAGGCGCUGCAGUACGUGACGGAUGUGCGGGCACUGUUGGCACUGAGGAGAGGAGAGGCAGAGGCGGCGAGCGCCUCGGCCUCGUAG